UGAUUAUUUAUUUGUUAUUCCACGCUCGCUUAAUCUGAAGCUACCUCCUUUUCUGGCAAGUCACCCACCCGAACUUUGGAAUGGCCCGGGCCGCAACACUAAGACAUCAAGUACAAUGAAUUGGCCACAAACCAGCUCCCAAUUUUUGUUCUCAGAAAUAAUACAUUUGAAAUCUUCACUGAUCAACCCCAGCCCUCCUUCAGAGAAGAUAGCCAACAACAUCCCAACAAAUGGACAGCUCGAUCCAGAAAUUCAAAAUGCUACAGCAAUGGGACCGCGACCUCGAAACCACCCUUCGAAACACGGCAGCCAUGCAAACCCAAACCCAAGAACAAGCCACAACAACCAAUCCCCUCACCCUCACCCCCACCACCACCAAUACCCAAUCUCAAUUCCACACUCCCACCCCACCCCCACCAACAUUCCACCCCUUCCCCCUCCUCCCCUUCGAACUCCGGUCCCUAAUCUGGGACCACCUCAUCCCCAUCGACGAACGCAUAAUCCCAAUCCGAUACCACACAACCACACGGCACUACACCUCCCGCACGAUCGCCCCAGUCAUCCUCCACAUCAACGCCGAGUCUCGCUCGCACGGGAAGAAGAUAUACCAGGAGGUGAUGCUAGGAUCUCAGAUCGUGACGGGAGCAUAUAUAGAUAUGUCGCGAGACACGUUAUAUCUCUGUGCGGAUCUGGGGUGGCUGAGCACGUCGGAGACGAAAGCUUCAUCCCGAGCUCAACUCGCCCAAAUGCACUGGCAGAAGCAGCAGCAUGCGAGCAGGAUAUGGGAUGAUCUGUCGAGGGGUCCCGGUGUGGAUAUGCCUGACUUGAGGAAGAGGUUGGUGACGUGCGCGGAGAUGUACGGCUUGCUGAUGUGGACGUUGUUUGUGCCGUGGAGGAGGAAGCUGGCUCCGAGGAUAGACAGGUGGGAUGUGGUGUGUGAGGAUGGGGGCAAGGGGAUGUUCAGAGUUGAGGAGUUGAGAGAGAAUCCGGAGAUGGAAGGGUGGGUUGUGGAAGAUAGGGACAGGUUGAAGAUGCUUGACAGGUCGACUAAGAAGCUCAAUCUUGUGGAUGUGAGGAAUGGACGACCGUUGAUCUUGGACUUCAAGUUGACUUACUUGCAUUGGUCGAGAUCGAACUGA